AUGCUGGACGACUCCGGCAACAAGAUUACGUCUCCGACGUCCGUCACCAAGAAGUGGCUCUUGGAGUCGGAGCUUUACGUUACGGACGGGGCGAUCUUCUACUGCAUCGGGAGCGAGGAGGGAGGCGACUGCGACGAGCUCCGCAUCCAGUCGACCGGUCCGGACGACUGGUACGAGGUGCGCGGGCACGGCGGCAGCAUGUACUUCAGCCACACCGUGGUCACGUCCUGGGACACCCCGAACAAGAAGCCGCAGGAGACCUACGAGGGCGGCCGGUCCUUCCUCAACUGCGUGUCCGAGAAGCUCACAGGGGAGACGUGCGACGGCAAGGCUAAGAACGACGAGGGGGAGUGCCGCAUGGACAUCAUCAACUCCGAGAUGGGCUACAUGGGCUUCUUCGACGCGGAGUCGUACGGCCUCACCUGGAAGGUCCGCGGUUUCUGCAAGGACCUGUCCAACCCCGACGUGUUCGAGACCACCAACGUCUACGGAGAUAUCAAGAACUCCAACAUCCACCACAUGUACUACGGCAUGUACAGCUACGGCCACCAGGGGGGCGUGUGGACCAACAACGAGAUGCACGACAACCACCAGUACGGAUUUGACCCCCACGACGACUCCGACUACCUCACGAUCGCCAACAACAAGGUCUACAACAACCACAACCACGGUAUCAUCGCCUCCAAGCGCUGCAACAACGUUCAGAUCUACAACAACGAGGUCUCGGACGGCGGGCCUGAAGCCGUAGGCAUUUUCCUCCACCGCAGCUCCGACAACGCGGAGGUGUACGGGGGGCUGUACACUUAUAGGGGGUCUGAUGCACCGGAUGUAAGCAACGGUCGCCCGAACGGCAACACGUUCAACAACAACAAGAUCACCAACACCGCGGGCGGUGUCAAGAUCAAGAACUCGGACAACAUCGUCAUUUCCAACAACGACUUCACUGGCACCGAAGAGCUGGAGUUCUUCGACGCCCAGGCCACGACGUGGUCGGACAACAGCCUCCCCUCGGGCGUGUGCAUCGACAACGUUACCUCCGACGACGGGAACAGCGUGCCUCCGAGCACCUUCUCCUCAUCCAGCGGGGUUCCUUCGGAGGAGUGCUAAAUAUGAUGUUGCUGCCCAGAUGCGAACACAACAGACAGUGAGUCGCGGCCGGCCGCCUCGAUGCAAGCGCUCCCGAGCGGCACCACUCCGGAGGUCGCGGUCUCGUGUUUUUCCUCUCUCUCUCUCUUUGCGCUCGCGGGCGGAGAAGAGUUUUUCUUUUUUUGACUACUUCCGUUGCGAAACGAAAGUAUAGACCCCACGAAGACUCGGCCGACUAUUUUGACGGUGGCCCUUCCUCUGGACACAAGCAAGCGUGGUGUGCUCGGAAGCCGGUAGCCGGUUGAGAAACUCGAAUUUUGCAGUUAAUUGCGCGCCGGCUUGCUUGGACGUCGCCUAGGUGUUUUUGCCCGCACGUCUGUCUCAGUUUUCAUUCGGCCCGGCUAUUCUUGUCCCGUAUAAACGGCGGUGCAGGUUACGAAGGAGGAGUUGGGAGCAGUCUUUGCCCCUACGUCCCUCUGUGUCUGCAAGCUGGUAAUUUUAAGCGGUGCGUGUGUGGUCGGCUUCUAUCAUUUGAUACGAAUUACGGAAUGGUGAGAAAAUAUUCGGUUGGUUGGUAUUGCCAACAGUUUCUUGCACAAGGGGGGAUGAGAGGCAGUUCACUGCCGACAAUAGCACCAGCUGUGGUACCGCAUUGUUCAUACGACGUUGCGGUCGCCUACUCCCUCUGUGCUGUGGUUCAUUGAGCGUGCUAACAUAACACACAUAUUGAAUGGUCGUUACCGGUGGUCAACGAGGGGGGAGGAUUACGUUGUACGAUUAGUUUUUCAAGAUGGCGUGAUACUUUGAUGUCUGCUUGUUUAAAGGUUAAUCUACCUGGUCUCCUGUUGCAUGUCCUAGGUUGCUGUAGGUGUUCUGGAUGUGACUGGUCGUCGUCAGUUCAAGUUUUCGUUCCACCCUUCGCGUGGGACGCUAGAGUGAGGUAGGGGCGCGCGUUCAUCGGCGAGGAGGGCUGGCGAAAAGAUUCGUCUUGGUUGCUGGUGCUCUCUAUCUAGUUUGUUUGGCUCAGCUGACGAGAAAGUCAGGGGUCAGCAUGUAGCGUACAAGGGCAUGGGGCAUGAAUAUUGUCUUUCAGCAAUUUGAACAUAUUAAUGUUUUCAUUAUUUCCCACCCAUGCUGUUGACGGGGGCUAUACCUUACCAGCAAAUAGUGUUUUUCGGGCGACAAUGUUGUUGGCGUUGCGUUUGUUUUGAGCAUAGCCUAAGACUUGGGCGACCAAGUUCUGGGAGCUGAAUCGUUUUGACUCACCCUUUCGAGUCCAACGAGCAGCACAACCAAACCAUGGAUAACCCUGGCGGAGGCAGUAGAAAUGAUUCCCACAUGUGUGUGCUGUGCCUCCCCCGGUGUACGAGAGCAUUGUUAUCCCUCGUGCACGGACUGCACGGUAGCAGCUUGUUUUGCCUGCGUGUUCUUGCAACACACGUUCGUUUUUUUCAAGUUUUCCGCCCUUAAUGAGGGGGGUUGUUUUUCCAGUCCGUGUUUUGUUUUUUCCAUCCGCCCGUUGCUCGUCUUGGCGAGGUUUUCCAAUUAAGUGCACGGCGCGCUCACUCCUAAAAUUUGUGUCGUUUCUCCCAUCCCUUAGAAGGGAUGAAUGGUUCCGUUGCUCGUCUUGGCGAGGUUUUCCAAUUAAGUACACGGCGCGCUCACUCCUAAAAUUUGUGUCGUUUCUCCCAUCCCUUAGAAGGGAUGAAUGGUUCCAUUCUUGUGGCACGUGUGGUAAAACGCACCUUGUCAAGGAUUGUUUUUGGUGGUACCUCUACGCUAUGUUUUAGAGAGGGGGGUGAGUGGGAGAAAUGUACGGCUAUCCCGAGGCAGGGAAGCUGUCCUGAGCUAGGUAGGUCUUGGGGGGAAAACGAUGCCACCAAAAGAAUGUAAAUGUAUGAAACGUUCCAUUGUAGCAAGCAGCGAUGUUUGCGCGUUGUUAGAAGUCAACAAGGGCAACAAACUUCAAACUCCCUGUGUGAUGAAUCCGACCGGGCGGCCAGCGGUCGUCUUGUCCAUUAGCCUGGCCAGGAUGUUUUCGUUGCACGGCAGAGGAGAGGCAAUGCGCGCAAAUAGCCUAGGCUCGGAAGCACACUGGUGUCUGCACAACAACAACCUUCUCUGCUGCAGCGUGUUCCGAGCCCGCCGCCCAGCCAACGCCUUUGCAGCAGCAUCAGCGGUAGGUGGCUCUGCUACUUACUGUCGACGGGGGGCAGGCACGGGAAAAAAACACAACGCGAGGAGGCUCGUGCAAAAACGAAAGUUUGCCUUUCCCUCCCCCUCCACCUCGGAUGGCAAGAAAACUAGUGUGACCGAGUAGUUGUACUUGUAGCGGUACGAGAGACCGGUCGGUGCGUCCGUGAACUAUGCACCGGAAUAAUCAAUCGAUGAUGGUUUGUUCCGGAUCCAUCCACGAUAGAAGACACGCCCCUCCUCAUGAGACCGACCAAAACGAGACAAGACCGUUUUCUUGAUGGGAGCACGCGACGGAUGUCCGCCCGGCGAACAGAGAGGGUGGAACGUUCCGCACAACUGGGUGCCAACGGACCUCCAACCUGGCUUUCAAAAAAAAAAAAAAUCGGGGCACAACCAACACCCGGCGAGAAAUAUACUGAUCACCCGGACGCCUCCUCGUAAAACCGCCUUCAAUUAUUUGGGAACGUCAACUGUGGAUGGACUCAACCUCGAUGCAUUCUACACGUGAUGUCAUGCGGGGGAGAAACGAAAAACAAAGACAUAUUUCGGCCUGGGUAUGCAUACAAACGCGAGAGGGAGAGAGAGGCCGUUGGCACGUAUCAUCAGACUUCACAACCCCCAACUUUCUUGUCUUUUAGUGCAGACAGCCGUGACAAAUGAACAAGAACCCAAGAUACGCUACAUAUAUCAACAGCGAACCCCGCCGGACUCACGUCGUCAACAACAAAACCGCCAACAACACAAAGAGACCGAUCCCACCAAAGCCGCCAUACGGCGGUUGCUAGGCCAAAAAAAAAAAAAGGGACCGGCGAGCAGCUGCUGCAAAGCCGCUAUUGAGCGGCAGACGCCGAAAGGGUGU